CAAAUUUUUUGCUUCUUCUCCGAGCUACGUGUGGGUGGAAAUAAAGCCUGCAGAUCCCCAAGGAGUCCACAAUCCAUCCCCUACAGUGUUCAAAACAGCAUUUAUAUAUCUCUUUCAGUCACGAAUUCGGCUUCUGCGCCCGAUCGUAGUAGCACACACAGACCACAUGUGAGUAACUUGAGAAACUGAGCAUGGAGGAUUAUGAUUACUUCACGGAAAACAUUAGCUGUGGAGAGUAAACAGGGGAAUCCAGUGUCC